AGGAGCUCGGAGGGCCGCCGAGCUGGGCGCAGCGCAGCGCCUUCCCGCCUGCCCGUCGGUCCAGCCACGGGGCCCAUCCCUCGGGUCAGUCUGCCCGCCGGUCCUCCGGCCCGUGGGCUGCCCGAACCCCCCGAAAUAUGAUCAGGGGCGCGUGGACGUGGCCGGGGAGAGAUGCCGCUGCGCUCACGCUCUGCUGCUGCUGCCGCUGCUGCUGCUGCUGCUGCUGCUGCUGUUACAGCUGUUGCCACUGCUGCUGCUGCUGCUGCUGUGGCUGUGGCGGCGGCGGCGGCGGCUGCUGUUGGGCGCCCGGGUCCCCUCGGGGGGCCACGAGCAGCGACAAGCCAUGGGCUGACUCAGAGCGGGCGCAGCGAUGGCGCCUGUCGCUGGCUUCGCUGCUGUUCUUCACGGUGCUGCUCUCCGACCGUCUGUGGCUGUGCGCCGGCGGCCGCCUGAGGGCCAAGGACAGGAGCGGAUCAGUGAGACCGCCCUGGGGAGCCGGCCCAGAGCCCCAGCCCCGGCCCGCGGCCGAGCCACCCCCCGCCAUGCUGCUGCUGCUGCCGCCGCCGCUGCCUCCCCCGCCCCCGGGGGGCAGCUGCGGCGCCCUCCUGGGCAACUUGACCCAGGCCGUCGCCCCGGGGCCAGGUUGUGGCAGCGGCUUCGACGGCGGGGGCAGCCGGAGCAGCAGCCUCGACGGGGGCAGAAGCAGUAGCAGCAGCAACAGCAGUCGGGGUGGCCCUGCCAGCAGAAUGGACGGGGCCAGCAGCAGCGGUCGCUGGGGCGGCGGCGGCGGCGGCGGCGGCGGCGGCGGCGGCGGCGGCGGGCGCCCCUCUGGGCCCGAGGCGGCGUGCCGGGAGCCCCAGGCUCUGCAGAGACUGUUGGGCGCUUCGCCGGUGCGGCCGCUCUUCUCGCCCUCCCCUGCGCCCACCUCGGGCCGGCCCCCAGCUGCCCACAGGAACUUGCUGCGAGGCCACUUUCGGAACUACAGUCUGGCCUUCUGUGACUCGUACUCGGUGGCGGAUCUGCUGCUGGGCAUGGCCCGCCAGGACGGCCUGGACUGCAGCCUGGACGCCCUGCUGGCCGACCUGCUGGCCGCCGGGCCCGGCGCUUGGGAGGCGUGUUUAAGCUGCGUUCAGCUGUACGAGCGACUGGACGAACACGCUCAGGAAAAAUACGACGAGCUGGACUGCUUGCUGCAGAAAUACUUGCAAGCCGAGGAGUAUUCAGUGCGGUCCUGCCUGGGAGACUGUAAGGCUGUCUACAAGGCCUGGCUGUGCUCUGAGUACUUCAGUGUGACCCAACACAACUGCCAACCCCGGGUGCCAUGCAAGCAAUACUGCCUGGAGGUGCAGACCAGGUGCCCCUUUGUGCUCCCCGACAAUGAUGAGCUGAUCUAUGGAGGGCUUCCCAGCUUCAUCUGUGAAGGGGUGUUGGAGCGCCCGCGGGGCCCACAGGAGGCCGAGUGCUGUGAGGUGGAUUUGAAGCCCUGUGCCUCCCGGGGGGGCAGCAAGGGCUCCUCCUGGGGGGGGCAAGCAUUUCCCGACCCCUCCCACCACCAGCAGCUGCCCCCCUCCCACCACCACCUGCUGAGCCCCUCAGCAUACAGGCCCUCCUCACUGCUGCUGCCUGUCUCGGGGGGCUCCCGCCUCAGCGCCAGCAGGAUCUGCCUGGGUGUCCUUGUGCUCAUGCUCCUGCACACCAUGGCUACAUUCUCCAGCAGCCAGAGUGCAGGGGGCCUGGGCCUAGAGGUGCUGUCUGCCCUGGAAGAGGGCGUGCCCAGAGAAGAAUGACCCCCUCCCCGGAGAGGAGAGGGCGGGCAGGAGAACACACACCCUGAUGCCACUGCUACUGCCACCGGUCCUGCCAAGGGCCCUCCUCCCAGGGGAGGUGUAGGACCAGGUGGAAGGGGGAGUCGGGGGGGGCACACGGCCCCCAGAACCUCCCCCAACCCAGGAACAGCUCCACUGGGGCUUGGAGGAGGGGGCCUGGGAGCUGCCUGCCUCUGCCAGGCUGAACGAGGGCUGGGGGAUGUUCCCCUGGCUCAGAGACCCAACCCCAGGAAGCAAGCUGCUCCCUAGCCCCACUCCAGGCCUGCAUAGAUAUGGCGGGGUGGGGGGCCUUCCCCCACCAUAGCUCCCCUGUUGCCAGGAAACCGUGCCCCCAGCCCCCACUUAGCUGCCAGCGCCCACCCUUAUUGCCCAAGCCUGCCCCCUCCUCCUCCUGGGGCCAAAGUGAGAGACCAAAGGGCUUCUCCAGCUUAGCUGUGCCCCACUGCCCUGGCUGAGGAGGGCCACGGGGGAAGGGUUCUGCAUGAGCAAGAGUCCAGGCCUCCAGAGGGAACCACAGCCGGGAUGGGGGCAGAAGAGCAGAGCAGUGGGAAUGGGGCUGCCUCAGCUUGGGGGCUUGGCACCCCCAAAGGAAAGGAGACAGACCCGCUCAGCUUUGGGGAUGGGGGUCCAAAAGAAAGCUGCAAAGAAAGGGCAGGACUUGGGGACAGAUCAGCAGUGGCCAUGGGAGAGAAGAGAAGGCCCCCAGCCCAGCAGGCCUCCCUGUCCAGAGGGCUGCGGACCCCCGGGGAGAGACCAAGGGAGAAAAAGCAGAGCAGCUGCCCAGCCCCUUUCCCUCCAGGCUCUGUAGCUCCCUCCAUGGAGAGCUCCCACUUGGGGGUGGAGGGGGAGGCGGCAAAGAUGGACAGCCAAGUAUUUGAGCCCCCACUCUCAGUUUGGAGACCUUGGAUCAAGCGGGUCAGGCCUGAGCCCCCACACAGGCCUUCCCUCUUGUACCCCGUGCCAAUCUCCAGGCAGGGGAGGGCCUGGCACUACCCCUCCAAUCUGCCUGGGUGAGCCUCCCCCCGACCUACCAAAGAACACGGCCUUGCCCCCAGCCUCAGUAGGGCUAUUCGCUAACUCUCAAUUAAAGGGGCACUUGAGGGGCCAACAAGGGAUGGCAGAGAGAGCAGCAGUGAACAGAGGAGGCCCCAGAGCCCCUAGGGAGGCUGGAGGCCUGGCUGGCUGGGGCAAUCUUGAAGCCUCCACAGCAAGGAGGAGCUAGGACACAGUGGAUUGAGCGGGUUCUCAGCCAGCCUCUGGCCUGGGCCCCCUGAGAGCUGAAGCUGAGACCUGGCCUUGGGACUGGGAGAGAAGCUAGUCUGGAACUGGGUUCCACUAAUGGGCUUAGUGGGGCUCACAGUGAGGCCCCAGCUCUGUCCCUGCUAUAGGUUCUUCAUUUCCGAUCCAUGCGCCACCCCCAAACAGUCUGGCACCCUGUAGCUCAGCCCUUUGGGGCUGGCUGGCUCAGAGGUGAAGGAGGCCCUCAGCCCUGCCCUCCAACCCUUCAGACCUCCGGAGGCAGGGCCCAGGGGGACAGGCUUGUGGAAACCAGUAUGGCCGCCUCCUCCUCCUCCUCCUCCUCCACCCGAAGUGCCCAGGAGGUGCCAGCUAGGACUAGCCUAGGGCCUUGUCCAUUGCGGGGUGGGGUGGCCAGGAGGCACCAAAGUCAACCUCGAUGUCAUUCUUUCUACUUCCCCCACCCUUUGUGAGCUUCCCUCCUGCCCCCCCCCACCCCAGCUGGUUCCCUCUGGCCUGCCCCGGGCACCAGAGAGCUGGCUGGAUUCGAAUGCCAUUUUCUACACUGUGCUUCAUGAGUAGGGCUUUUUUGCACUAGUUCCUGUGAUGUUCAUUUUCUGGACCAGUUUCCAAGAGCUCCCCUUGCCCGCCCGCUGCCCACCUGCUGCCCACUCGUUGCCCACCCGUUGCCUGCCCGCGAAAAUUCAGUUGUCUCCUCACUUAUAUUCCAAAUCCGUGUUUCAGUCUCUGUGUGGGUAUGUGUAUGUGCGUGUGUGUACCUGUGUACUGCUUUCAGUUUCUGUUGUGCUGGGGAAGGGGGGGGUGGGGGUGGGACAAAGGCUCCUCAGCUCCCUGUGAACCCCGUAAAGAAAUAAAAUGGUGAGACUUGAUGAUAA